UACUUGAGUUGGCAACACAGACACAGCACUAAGUCGGUCUGUUUCUAGUUUUCUACUUUUCACUAUGCUUUGAAAUGUCAGUGCGGCGGUAAAAGAAAUUGAAACGAUAGUCCUCGUCCGGGUUUCUAACUAGAAUAUAUAUUUGAAAAGUAACCAAAAUAUGGAGGAAGAAGGAGAAAGUAUUCUGCUAGAAGAUAAUUAUUAUCAGUUGCUUAAUGUGUCCAAGACGGCAACAUUGGAUGAAAUCAAUAGUGCGUACCGACGCUUCUCUCGUAUCUUUCACCCAGACAAACACAGCACAGAUCCAAAUAAACUAAAAUGGGCUGAACAAAUAUUCAAUAAAAUUAAAGAAGCUUAUGAAGUCCUGUCCGAUUCACAUAAAAGAGCCAUUUAUGAUACCUUGGGCAAAAGAGGCCUAGAAGUGGAGGGCUGGGAAAUUAUAUUCCGGACAAGAACACCAAGGGAAAUUAGGGAGGAAUAUGAGAGGCUUAAACGUGAGAGAGAAGAAAGGAGGCUACAGCAGAGUGCAAAUCCUAGAGGCACAAUAACAUUAUCAAUAAACGCUACCGACCUGUUCAUGAAGUACUAUGAUGAGUAUGAUAUAUUGGAAGAUGCAGCAAUUAUACCGACUAUUGAAGUAUCCGGUAUGACAAUACAGCAGUCAAUCGAUGCACCGGUUACCCUCAGAAACACAGUGACCUUAUCAGGCAAUAUUUCUACACAGAAUGGAACAGGCACAGGGUCAGUGUCAGUAUCAAACAGACAUAUAAGUUCGGAGAGAGGUUGGACAGAAUUAGAAUGUGGGAUUGGAAAUGGUCCAGUGUUUGGUUUCAAGAUAUUCAGAACAAUAUCUAGGCUAAUGUUCGUUAAUUGUUGGACCGGCUUGCAGUUCACACCGAGAGGAAUUGUACCGAGCUUUGCUUCAACAAUGGCGUUACAACUAGACGCCCAUUCAGUAGGCUAUUUAACAUAUCGAGCGGGUGGUCAAAGCGGUUCAUCGAUGACUUCAACAUACGUCAGGGACUCAGAAAAGUACCACUUGAAUACAGCAUUGCAGAUCGGCAAUCCUCAUUCCUUUAUAUCUUUCAAUAUCACGAGGAAACUGCCUCAGCACGACCUUAGACUACGUUUGGCUUUGAAAUUCGGUACGUUCGGAGCUAUAGCAGAGUAUGGAGCAGAGAAGAAAGUUUCACAAAACAGCAGUGUAUCAGCGGCGGUAAUGCUUGGUAUACCAAGCGGUGUUAUGCUCAAAUUGAAAUGGUCAUGUUCAUCUCAGACCAUAGUUGUACCGAUCCACCUUUGUGAAGAAGUAGUACCGUCUCCUGUCUUCUACGCUACAGUGGUACCUAUGGUAUCUUGGCUAGUACUAAAGAAGCUUGUACUGGACCCGAUGGCAAGGGAGAGGCGGGAGAGAGAGAGGCAGAGAUCGAUGGAGGCAAACUUUGAACGGUUACAAGAAAUGCAGAGACAAGCACGAGCCACCGUCGAACUGAUGAGAGAGACGUAUUCAAGAAUUAGAAGCGAUGAAGAAAAGAAAAAAGGCCUUGUCAUUAUAAAGGCGUUGUAUGGAAAACUACCGGCUGGCGCAAAGGAUCACGAAAUACCAACAGAACAAACGGGUGACACCGCGUCUCCAGAGUCUCCGAACUCAUAUUCAGAAGUCAUAGACGUCACAAUACCGGUCCAGUGUCUCACCAAAGAUUCAAGACUAGAACUAUUAGAGGCUAGCAAGUAUGAGUUACCCGGUUUCUACGACCCGUGUGUGGGCGAAGACAAACAUCUAACGAUACAAUAUAUGUUCCACAACAAUCUGCACUGCUGUACUGUCGAGGACACUCAGGCGGUCAUUCUUCCACGCAAUAAUCAUCGAAUAAAGAAUAGAUCCUGAAAACUAAAGACAAGGCGCUAACACUAAGCGUCACGGUGGCAGCUAUUUGUAAAAAAAAAUGAGGAAAUCGCAUCAAAGCUUUUACCAAACAUUCCAUUACCUAUUUCAUAAAAUUACCAGAAUAAUUAUCGCACAAACAAAAAAAAAAGAUUUUCUCCACUACCCCUUU